CCCUGCAAUUUAGUUUUACGUUUUCUGUUGAAAAAGUAUUGUAUAAAAAGUAUACAUCUAAGUUUCGCUCGAAAAUGGGUAAGAAAACGAAAGUGGGAAAAGCCCGUAAGGAUAAAUUCUACCAUCUGGCCAAGGAGACGGGCUAUCGGUCGCGUGCGGCCUUCAAACUGAUCCAGCUGAAUCGCAGCUAUGAAUUUCUGCAGAAAUCCCGUGUUCUCAUCGAUUUAUGCGCGGCUCCCGGUGGCUGGCUGCAAGUGGCCCGCCAGUUCAUGCCCGUGUCCAGUAUAAUCGUCGGUGUCGACUUGGUCCCCAUCAAACCGCUGCCCAAUGUCAUCACCUUCACGGAUGAUAUCACGACAGAGCACUGCAAACAGGUAGGACACGCGCUGGGAAUUUUGGAGUGAGCUAGAUGAAGACGGUCCAAAUGUUUAUCGUCAGUUUAGUGGUUGCAACAUGUUCCCAUGAAUAAGAGUUGUUUCUUCCGUUUUCUAGAAAUUAAAUAUUUUGG